AUGCCGGCAGAUAGACUUCUUACGACUGUGUUACGCGCAUACCAAGGCGUGCCUGACCCAGCCCAAACUGACAGAAUCCUUGGGACAACUACCUCUCUCCUUACCACUCUUACGAAUCCUUUGAACAUAAGCCUUCUAACAUCGCAUCUUCUUACCGCGCCUGCUAUAUGGAACAAUACCGAUGGUCUACGAAUUUGCCUCCGAAUCAUCAGUGUCUUCAAUACUGCUGCCAUUACGGUGUGCAAAAACGAAGUAGAAAGUCGUAACGAGCAUCCACCGUACGAUGCAUACCAACCUCGGAAAGGAGGCGGGAUUGGUUCUGAUGAUUGGGCUCGAUCAGUGAUCAAAGGUGCGGAUGAAAGGUCGCCAAGAUGGCAGCAUCUUCUCGUGAUCGCUGGCGUGUUACUCGGCAUGGAAAAUGGAGGAAGGCAUGGGCUCUCUAGCGGACUCAGGAGCACACUCGAGCGAGCAUUAGUAACGGCGGCCAACUUAGCACUGGAGAAUCCAAUGAGAGAUGGGAUUCUUGCAGCAGAAUCUAUUGUGUUAGCUCUUAAUCACGCAUUCCCCCUGUUAUCGGACGGAGUGCGUGCGGGUCUGAAUUAUGAUAGUUUAGUCAUGAUAAUGGUACGGUCGGUGACUGCGUUGGAGGGCUACCAGGACGGUAUUUUCUUACAAUACAUCGAUGCGGAUGUCAAACAAGUACCGGGAGAUAAGUUCGAUUGGUCGUCCAAAUCCUCCUCUUUUCUACAACUACAAAAGCAGGCAUCAAGCCCGAUACUGUCGUCCAUGGGGCCACUUUCGAGGCUUAUCGCAUAUGCAAUCGAAAAUAUGACUAACUCUCUACUUGCGAUAGAAAUUCGAGAGCAUCUUCUUUCGUUCUCGGGUAGACUUCUAGAAGGCUGGAAGAGGAACAAGUUAUCGGAAAUUGAUCCAUCUGAGGAGGCGACUUUUCUAACUCCCGAAACCCUCCAAAUGACCGCACCAGUCUUGUGGCAGGUAUUGAAGAGCGCUAUGUUUGCUACCGUUGUUAUUCUGCAAGGUCUUAUGGGAAGAACUAUGCUUGACCCUAUCCUAUCGACAAGACGCCUUGCCCCGAUAGGAGCUUCGGAAACCCUUAUCAUUCUUGGGAACAUUCACUUUAUUUCGUCUCGACUUGGCUCGAAUUCUUUUUCUGCAUAUGUGUUCGUUAAUUUGUCUUCUAUCGACAUCCUAUCUAAUUAUCCUCUCGAAUCAAGAGAGCUUCUCAAAGCUAUAUACCCCACGCAAGCUGGCGAAAUUCCAAAUAACCCUUUGCAGCGCAAUCAUGAUCUAUUUUAUCUUAAUACUUGCGAGCACUUGACAAAUAUUCUUAGUCCGCCUGACAACGAAAGUUUGAUCAUUAGUGUGGCAGCCCCUUAUCUCAAUCCAACAGCUCAUCCUGGCUUCUUGGAAAUCUUUGAGGCUGCUCACAGCGCUGUUCUUGCAGUACUAUCAGCUCCUCAGAACACAAAUUUGACCGCUAGAUUCAUACCAACUUACGUUGAUGCUCUCUUCAAUUCCUUUCCGAACAAUCUGUCGCCUAGACAAUUCCGUUACGCAUUUAAGUCUUUAAUACACAUUACUACUCCGCCUACCUACACCACUGUCGACCGCGGAGGCCAAUGCUAG